CGAAUGCCUUCCUUUUUUUUGAGGACCACCUUUUGGCAAUUGUUGAAUGCAGCCGCAAAAUCUGCCAUGAUGUUUUUUUCCGCCGUCUAGCAUGUGUAAGCUGCCAGACAUAUGUGUUAGUGUUCCGGGCAAGCUGCCAAAAAUAAUAAAAUCACCAUCCUAUGUCAGACGACUUCAUAUGAGCGAGGGAUCCUGCCGUACUGUAGCCAGGACGAAGAAUUUCAGAACUGCAAGAUAACGAGGUGGCUGAACAACAUCAGAAGCUGAACUGAAAAUUUCCAAAUAGAAACAGAAAUAAUAAUAACAGCAGCAAGGGCUUAAACAAAGGCCAAAUAUAGGCAAAGCCACGUAGAAAGAGCAGUGUACGUUCAUAUUGGAUAAACAAACAAGCCGGGAAACAAGAAGAAGCUGCUGCAAAACUAAACUGAACGAAACGAAACUAAAUUUAAUUUUCUACCACCCACACAUUGAAUUUUCAUGCAACGAAAUGGGUUUAUUAGAGCCUCCUUGUCUAGUCCUGGAAAAGGCGCUGCUUUUGGGAGCGUUGCUGCUGGCCGUCCUUGCCACACCACUUCUGGCCACAAGCGGCUUACGGGUGCCCACAUUCCUGCUGGAGCCCGCACCCCGGCUGCUCUUCGGCAACGACACGGGCGCCCAGGUAACCUGCACCGCCCACGGCAGCCCGCCGCCCCUCGUCACGUGGGUCCUCCGCGACGGAUCGCUGGCCACCCAGGUGCCGGGCCUCAGGAAAAUAUCAGGCAACGGCACACUGCACUUCCCCCCAUUCCUGGCCCAAUAUUAUCGCACGGAUGUUCACGAGGCCACCUACAGAUGCCGGGCGAGCAACGAGGCGGGCACCGUCCUCAGUCGAAAUGUUCAGGUGCAUGCAGUGGUGCGUCGUCAAUUCCAUGUGCACGUGGAAAACACUGAAGUCUAUUUGGGAAAUUCGGCGUUGAUUAAGUGCGCCAUUCCGGAGUAUGUGCGGCCCUAUGUGCGCGUGGCCAGUUGGCAUCGCGGCGAGGAGAUACUCCUGCCGGAUCUGUCGGAUGUCGCGGGUCGCUAUGUGGUCCUGGCCGCCUCUGGGGAUCUCUAUGUGCGCUCCGUGCGUUCGGAGGACGGACUGAUGAAGUUCAGCUGUCUGGUGACAAAUACACUGAACGGCGAGCGACAGCGCAGCGAUGCGGUGAUGCUGCAGGUCAAAGAGCUAAGCAAGAAUCUGGCUCCCCGGACCACCCAGAAACCGGUGAUGGAGAUUCACGUGGAGCGUGGAAACGACGUUCAUCUGCCGUGCAACAUCCAGGGCAACCCAUUUCCCAUAUUUACCUGGUAUCGCGUUUCCGACUCGGCAGCCCUCUAUCCCAUACCCUCGUCACAGCGAGUGAUACUUUCGCGCACACUGCUGCUCAUCAAAAAUGCUGACGAGCGCGAUGCGGGCAAGUGGAUUUGCCAGGCCUCCAAUCAGUUUGGGGAGCAGCGCAUCGAGAUCCGACUCAGUGUCAAUUCAUAUGUGUCGGUGCAUAUAUUGCCGCAAGUUCAAAUUGUCAAUUCGGGGGGAACGGCGAAUUUCAAUUGUACGACAACGGGUUCAGCGAUCGAUGCCAUCGACUGGCUGCACAACGGCAAGCCGCUGCAGGCGAAUAAUGCACUCACCACCGGCAGGGAUAACAUACGCUUCCUGUCGAAGAGCUCGCUCCUGGUGCAAAAUGUCGGACGAAGGGACCGCGGUGUCUAUCAGUGCCUCGUGGAAAACCAACGUGCCAGUGCCCAGGCGAUGGCUGAGCUAAAGUUGGGCGACACUGUGCCGGAAUUGAUUUACACCUUCAUUGAGCAGAACGUUCGUCCCGGGCCAUUAAUAUCGCUUAAGUGCUCCGCCAGCGGCUCGCCGCCACCGCAAUUCGCAUGGCUGCUGGACUCGCAGCCCAUCAUGGACGUAUCGCUGCAUCAUCGGUUCGCGAUCGGGCAAUUUGUCGAUAUGUCUGGCGAUGUGAUAAGCCAUUUAAAUAUCUCGCACGUGCGACCCGACGACGGGGGUCUAUACAAGUGCGUGGCCAGCAACUCGAUGGGCAGCGUACAGCACUCGGCCAGGUUGAAUGUUUACGGACCUCCGUAUGUGAGAGCCAUUGGACCGAUUAAAGCCGUUGCGGGCGAGGAUAUAAUUGUGCACUGUCCGUUUGCUGGUUAUCCCGUGGAGCAAAUUAGAUGGGAGAAGGUGCACCAGGAAUUGACAACGAGCAACCACUACGAACUGGCUUCGGUAGCCGACGGAGGGCAGCUGGUCAUCAAGAAUGUGGAGCCGGGUCGGGAUCAGGGCAUAUACACGUGCAUCGUAAGGAGUCGGGCGGGAGAGGAGGCGCGCCGGGACAUGCAGCUGAAUGUGAACAGUCCGCCCGUCAUCGAGGCCUUCAAGUUCCCCAAGAAUCUGCAGGAGGGUGGACGGGCCCAAAUCACCUGUGCGGUCUCCUCCGGCGACAUGCCCAUCUACUUCAGCUGGAAGAAGGACGACAGCUCCAUCCCGAGCAGUUUGCAGAUUACCGAGAAGAAGGAGGAGUUCUACUCGCUGCUGGUCUUCAAGGAUAUCAGUGCGAGGCACAGUGGCAAGUACACCUGCUAUGCCAGCAACGCUGCUGCCAAGGUGAACUAUACGGCUGAGCUGCAGGUGCGAGUGGCGCCUCGCUGGAGCUACGAGCCUAUGGACACGGCCAUUAUGCUGGGCAACACAAUAUCGAUCAAUUGUGAGGCGGAGGGAUAUCCGAUUCCGACUAUUACCUGGUUCAAAGGGCAGGGCAAAGGGUCAAAGGACUUUAAGCCACUGAGUAUGCGUAAUCACUCACUGCUAUUAAAUCUGGCGACGGACAAUGAUGAGGGUUACUAUAUGUGUCAGGCCACCAAUGAAAUCGGAGCUGGUCUUAAAAAGACCAUUCGAAUAAAUGUGAAUGAACCCGCUCGAUUCGAGCAAUCUGCUCGGAAUAUAAGCUCUCGUCGCAACGAUCCCGUGACCUUGGACUGUCGUGCCAAGGGCGACGAACCUAUCACAAUUGGCUGGACGCAGAAUAAUGGACGCAUCGACCUGAAUAACUUCCGGUUUAGCAUAGCGGAGAUGAAAACGGAAAAGGGCGUGGACUCUCAGCUGACCAUUGGUCACUCAGAUCGCCACGACUCCGGAGUCUAUCGAUGCAUAGCGGAGAAUCCCUACGGAAGGGCGGAGCAGAUUAUCUUCCUCGCCGUUCAGGAGCGACCAGAUGUGCCCUCCCAUCUGGAGAUCUUCGAAGUUGGUUCGCGUACACUGAAGCUUAGCUGGCGUCGACCCUUCGAUGGAAACUCCCCUGUGCUCAGCUAUCUAGUGCAGUACCAGGCUCUGAAGUACCUACAGUCACAUGGUUCCCUGGCCGCCGCAGGAGGGGAUUGGAAUGGGCAGAACGUCAUCAACGUCAGUCUGCCGUCGACGAGCAUUAGUCGCAGCUAUGACAGCGACCUGCGGGAGAGCGCUAUUGUGGCAGGUCUGACCCCAGCGACCACCUUUCUGAUUCGCAUGCAGGCCAUCAACGAGAUCGAGCGGAGCGCUUACACCGAGGCCAUUGUCCUCAAGACCCAGGAGGAGGCGCCCACCGAGGCCCCCUCCAAUGUGCAGGUGCAGACGGGUGGGGAGAGCGAGCUGAUUGUCACCUGGCAGAUCCCACCGCGGGAAUCCUGGAACGGCGAGCUCAUCGGCUACACAGUGAAUUGCAGCGAAGAAAAGCAGAACAUCAACUUCAUCAGCGUGGUGAACAGCUCGCUGAAGUCUACGAUUGUCAGCGGAUGGGCAACAACUAAGGCGACUUUGAGGGGUCUCCGGAAGUACACCCGCUAUGCGGUCACCAUUCGAGCGAUGAACAGUUUUGGUUCCGGUCCUUGGAGUGCAGCCAUCUUCGGAACGACGGCAGAGGGAGUUCCCGAGGCAGCGCCACAGAACGUCAACUGCACCGCCCUGUCAUCGCAGAGUCUGAAGAUUUCGUGGCUGGAGCCACCGCUGCAGUUCCACGGCGGCAUUAUACAGGGCUAUAAAAUUUUAUAUCGCCCGAUUGUGCAUCAAAUUGAUUUUCCCGCCAAGCUGGAGAUCAAGCGCACAUCGAACCUGGAGACGUACCUGCAUACCCUACACAAGGCCAGCAACUACUCGAUCCGAGUCCUAGCCUACACGGCCACUGGCGAUGGCCUGGCCAGUCAUCCGCUCUUCUGCCAGACGGAUGACGACGUGCCCGAUGCACCGGCGGCCAUUAAGGCAGCAGCCCUGACGGCAGAUUCGAUUUUGAUUUCCUGGCUCACGCCGAAAAAUCGCAAUGGGAUCAUUUCGCACUACACGGUUUAUUCCAGGGAGGCGGGUCGCAAAGGCCAGGCUAAGACUCACAUGGUGCGUGUCGACGAGAACGGGUAUCCGGUGACAUUCGAGUCACGCAGCCUGGCCGAGAAUCAAAUGUACGAAUUCUGGGUUUCGGCGUCGACAUCCGUGGGCGAAGGGGAGCCCACAUCUGUGAUUGCCCAGGCCACCAAUACACGAGCUCCCGCCAGAAUCGCCUCCUUUGGUCAGGUGGUGCGCAAGGCUGUGGGCACUGGACUGGUGUUGGAGUGCCUGGCGGUGGGCAAUCCCACGCCCCGCGCCCGAUGGUUAACCCGCGAUCGUCCCGUCACCUUCAGUCCUUUUUACGAGGUGACCAACGAGGGCAACCUGAAGAUUCACCGCGUCGAAGGCAGCCUCUCCGGAAAUUAUACAUGCACGGCGAACAAUCUGUUCGGCAGUGAUGAGAUCCAGUACCAGGUGAUUGCGAUGAAGCCACCGAGCGCACCGCAAAUCAUCGUGCAGUACGCUUCCGCCGACAGCAUUCGCAUCAGCUGGGAUGCCCCCGACGAUGGUGGGGCUCCGCUGCAGGGAUACACCAUAUCGUACCACACGGCCGGAGAGAGCUGGUCCAUCACGGAGCUGCUGCCCGAGAAUAAUGCCUUUACGAUCUCGGGAUUGAAGUGCGGAAAUCAGUACAUUAUAAAAAUGUCCGCACACAACAUGGUGGGCUCCGGGGUGGCCAGUGAGGAAAUUAACGUCUGGACCAAGGGUAAAGCCUCUCAAGCUCCAAACGCCAACGAACUAAUUGCCACAAAUGCGACGUGCGUGAAUUUGAAGCUGUCAUCAUGGCAAAAUGGUGGCUGCAGCAUUCAUCAUUUCUCCAUCGAGCACAGACCGCUGGGCGACAUACGGUGGACAGUUGUCACUUCGGAUAUUUCGAAUGCCGAGGAAAACCGUGAAAAUUUAAUCUUCUGCGACUUUCUGCCAGCCAAGUGGUAUCAGCUGCGUAUCUCUGCCACCAACGAUGCGGGAAAAACGACGGAGCAUUAUCAUUUCAGCACGACGAACAUCGAUGGCAUCACCAUUCCGCCGCCAUCGGUUUUCCCCUCGGAAAACGAUUUGAUGAACAAUCUGAUAAACUCAACAAAUCCGACCAGCGGUGAUUGGUUCGCAACGCUAAUUGUCGUCGUCAUCAUCACGGUUUCCAUCAUAACGAUAGCUCUGACCAUCAAACAUCGACGCACUCUUUGCGGACCCAUCGCCGAGGGCUACGAAUCCAGGACUUUGCCUGGCGACUACAAGGAGGACCACGAAAAUCGGCGGAAUCAGCAGGUGUACAGUGCCUCGCCUGUUAAAACCGUAGACAAGGGAAACGAGUCGGAAAUGUACGAGAUUUCACCCUACGCCACGUUCAGCGUGAAUGGCGGACGGACAGGAGCUCCUGCCAAGACGCCCACACGUGCCGUCGCGGCCCAAACGCCCCUCGAUUACACCAUGCAAUUCAAAACCUUCGGGCACCCGGAGGGGGAGAACUUGAACGCCACCGCCUACCCGCUUUUGCCCAGCUCGGGAUUCGGCCACGUGAAGAGCAAGUCCAGCUGGCACAAACAGCGCUAUUACAACACGGAAGAUGAGUCUACGCUGAGCAAAUCGAUGACCAUAGUGGCCGGUUCGCAGGCAGGACACUCAAAGAAAUCCAACGGAGGACGGAGCGCCAAGAGCAGCGCUGCCUGCAGCGGCGUGGUGGCCGGAUCGGAGUCGGACACCAGCAUCAGUCCCAGCACCGAGUUCUCCAACAUGCCCACCUACCGAGUGCCCUGCAAGUCAUCGCGCAGCAGUGACGGACGAGCGGUCGUGGAUAUGUUCCGACCCGAUUCCAGCACCGAGUCCAACAAUGACCAGGGUUCGCCGGCGCCCGAGCGUCGCCACAACACCCCGCGCCACGUCCUUGGGAUGGGCAUGGCCUUGGGGUUGGGUGGUGGUGGAGGUGGAGGUGGAGGGGGCGUUGGUGGAGGCAGCGGUCCGGCCGAGAAGCGGAGUGCCGGACAGCGCAGCCGGAAGCACGGAAGCGGCGCACAACAGCCCAGCAACCAAACGUUGGAGCGAAGAAAGUGCCCUGGUAGUAGCAACAGUUUAGACAGUGAGGUCGAUGCGGAGACCGCCGCCUCUUUGGCAGCCUCCAUAGCCGCGAUGGCGGGGUCGGGGGCGGGGGCCGACCUUUCCGGUGGAUUUCGCCCGCCCGCAGGAUUCCACGAUGGCCGGGAGCCAGGCGACCACAGCGAUUGCGAGCGGGAACAGCGGGCGCUGGACUUGGAGGUGCAGCGCGUGAUGGAGAGCACCGGGGACGCUCAGCUGGCCAAGAUGGACCGCGAGGAGUUGACCUCACUGUUGGCAAGCUUGUGUUGCAUGCCUGUAGCGUCUACCUUCCCCGAACUUGAACUUGAACUUGUUCUUGAUCUUGAGCCAAUACUAACCAGUACUGCGAACCUCUAGGUAUCACGAGAAGAAGGAGCAGGAGCGCCAAGAAUACACGAUACACGUAUAAUAGUUCUCACUGUACAUGGCAGUGCCACUCAGAAAAAUACACACACGAUGACAUACGAAAUGUGGCAUUUAAAUGCAUUUAGCUCAGAUCUUAAGCCUUGUUCAAUAAGUGUACACUAUUACCACGUUUAUGAGGCUGUUAUAAAACUGUAAAUAGUUAGGGAUGAUUAGAAAAACAAAGCGUUUUAACCAGUAGGUUUGACCCACUUUAUUGUUCUUUAAAUACCAGCAAGUUUUAUAUAUAUUUAUGAUUUGAUGAUUUGUUGCCAAAUUAGAAUUGCCAUACAAAAAAUCACAACUAAUUUAUAGGCACACAAAAUCGUGUCUAUAAUUGAGAACGCAUGAGUAAAUCAAUUUCAUGCAAAAAGGUCAAGCGCAUAAACGUGGUGUAUAAAUAGAAUAACUUAGUCUGUAAGAUGGCAUCCAAGUUCUCGCACACUCGAUCGAGCAAAUUAAAGACUAUAUCUAGAGACUAUAUCUAUAGAGAUCUAACUGACUAUUGAUUACUGAUGCUCCCAACUGAUGUUGCCAGCGAUUUCUAUUGAUAUUAAAACUGAUAAUCGUUGCGAGACGAGUUGAACUGUAUCUGCUAGCUAGUAAAAGUACCAAUAUACAUAUAUACACACGCAUAUAUUUAAUUCAAUUUGUUGUGAUAAAUUAAAUUGUUCUGAAGUACGCGUUGAUGCAAAAAACAUGUGAGGUUAAUGAACUGCAUAACUUGAUUUACAGUUUCGCAGCACUCAUAAAUGCCGGCUAUUUAAUCGAUGUCGUUUGGUUUUUUCGAGAGACCUUUUCAUUCAUUUGUACACAAAUCUAAUACUGCAUUUAUUGGAAAAGUAAUAAUUAUGGAAUUUAAUUAAAAGUAGAUAAUCAACAAUUAAAUUGUAUUGCUACCAUAGGUAAAAUAUAUACAUACGAAAUACACCUAAAUUAAUAUACAUGCUGAGAUGAAGUGCGGCAGAGAGCGAAAACCAAUACGCAAAUUAAUUAAAUAAAAGAAGUGUAAAAAUAAACAAAAUCAAACUGUGGUAAUUUCAUUAAAAACCAAAUUUGCCCAGUGCCAGCCGGCUGUUGGGCAAAAAUGUUCCACUUAUCUGGUCAGUAUUCUAUUUCCUCUCCCUGGUUCAGAGCUGUGCAAAUAUUUAUGCAAGCAAAUGAGAGCCAACCAAAUCAAUCAAAUACAGUGCAGUCCAACCACAAGCCAGUGGUCGCCAUCCAGACAAACUCCGCCAUUCCAAUCCAUUCCAUUCUAUUCCAUUCUAUUCCACCCCGCCCCAAGCCCCACUGGGAGAUGCAAUAUACACGGCUGGCAAGGGAGAACGCACGCCAUUUAGGCAAUCAGUGGAAGUUGGAGUUGGCGCUGGCCGCCGCAAUGUGGCUUCAAUUUCACUAGGUAAACUCAACCACAAGAUGCCUUUGACACACAGACACACACAGACACCAAUACCGAACACCGCGCACACAGAUACACUGAAAAACGCACGAAUAAAAGAUAAUCAAUUAAGCUGUUCUUACAUCAUAAACAAAAGAAAACCAUAAGAAAAGUGCGCUGGUAAUGAAAACUGUCUAUUGCUGUUUCCGAAAUAAAGUAAGUACGAAAGAUAGAUUUCGAUUUUUUAAAGUUAAGAAUAUAUAUGAUACAAUAAUAUCUAAACUUUUAAAACUAAUAAUCGACAAGAGGUCUGGCUCAUUUUUUACAGUGCACAAACUCACUCAGAGAGAUAUUAAACAUGCAUGGCAGGCUGCUGCACUGUUUACCAUCUGUUUGUUGCCGACUUGAAACUUUGUCAAUUUUCACAAAUGUUUUUAAACUUUUUUGAAGUCAUGUCAGUAAGGUAACAUCCAAGAUGUGUGUGUGUAUGACAUGGAAAUUCGAGAUAGUUCGGGGCACAUGAUACAGAGGUGAAACAUCAAUGCUUGCAUCGGAUGUUUCGUAUACGCAUAGGUGACCACUUAACAAUGAAAACCAGACUUGCAGGCGCACGCCAUUUAAAUUGAAUUAGGGAAAGCUCUGGGCUUAGCUAUGUAUCGGUUUACCUGAAAUAUAACACUCCUCUUAUAUAGCAGUACAAAUUUAAAAUCUGUGAAAUGUAUUAAGGCAAUUAAUUAAUUCAGCUUAAGAAACAAUGCAAACUGAAUAAUUUGACAAAUAAGCUUUAAUAGCAUUCAAGAAUGUGUUGCCAGGCAAAUGCAACAUUUUUGAAGAUAUCGGAAAACUAAGUUUAAUAGGAACGGUUCGAUUCAUGCCAGUGAUAUUUGUUCGCCAACGAAAUCCAACCAAUUAACUCGAUGCCUAGAUUGUUAACUCUAAGCCAAGCGCAAAACUUAUGCUAAUUAGCAUACGGCCAAUCACAAAGCUUACAGUUCACGUAUCGAACUGGUUAUAGAGUCCACACAUUUUGGAGGCGUGUGUAUUUGGAUAGGCAAAGUUUUCGGAGCUCCCCAUGCCUUACAAGAACUUUCGUAAUCAAAGCAGAAAUGGAGUGCAUGUUUGGCCAUUGUGCAAUCCUGCUUUCCUGCUCUGUUGCUAUUAAUUAUGGCAAGGCCCUACGCUCUGUGGCUUCGAUUGCCAUCUAAUUACGCAUGAAAACACACGGCUCUGCAAUAAAGAGUACACUCCAAGUGCAAUCUAGAAUAUUCUAGUUUAUACUUACAGUAUAAAUAGGAUGUUUGACAUUUUAAAUUUGAUUACAGCAUAAGAAAGUGCAAUAAAAAAAACGCACAUUUUUAAAACUUUUAAAUAUUCUAAAGACUAUAAUAUUUCUAAAAAUCCAUAUUCUUGUGCAAUCACUAGAAGUUGCAUUGUGGACAAUUAUUCAACGUUCCUAGUUAGGAAAUUUUUAAUUUAGGAACCUUUUCCAUAACCUAAUGUUUUCUAUUAAAUGCAGUACUUUAUUAAAAUCGAGCUUGAUUUUAUUCUACGUGUAGAGCGGCACUCCACUCUAGUAGUUGAAAGUUGAAGUGCACUUAAGGCACAUGCAAGUUUUAUUACGCUCUUGCUUCAUUUGCAACCGAAUGCGAAAAUCCCCAAAAAUCGAUUUGGCAACCGCAAUCCUGAGAGUCACUUUGCGUUUGUCGUAUUUAGGCUUAACGCUGACAUGAUUCUCGAUUCCCGUCGAGCGAUCUCGGAAACCUUCUGGCCGUGUCCUUAUGCGUCGCUGGCUAAGGACAUGGCCAAAAUCGAUUUCAAUUAGUUAAAGCUGCAAGCCUGGCAAGUCUACAACAAAUAAGCACAAAAUUGCAAGGGGAUAAAUUUGAGCAGCAAACACAAUGGAAGGCAAUCAGAUUGUGGGGGCGCCACCAUCAUCAACCCACAAAACCACAACAACAACGAUAGCACACAGAGCAGAUACACCAGUAGCAGCAACAACAAGGACAAUAAUGCAAUUUAAGCAAAUUCAAAACCGAAAAUUGCAAGAGGUUAGUAGUACAAGCGGCCCACUUGCUCCCAUGUAGAUGUAAUGCACACAGGAAGCCACCACACUGCAACACACUCGCAGGAUAGACAUGCACUUGGAGAAACAUUUCCAUUACCAAUCCACAACGAAUUAACUUAAAACAUUAUUUCCGACUUUAAAAAGACUUAGAUCUCCUGCAGUUAUUAGUUUUGUGUAUCUAAAACUUUUGAACUGCUUUUUUCAGCGCAUUCAAAUCAUCUUCUGGUUUUGUUCAGUGUACAGGACCCAUGCAGGGCACACAAAAUCAGGAUGCUAGGCAACCGUACUCCUGAUGCACUUGCAUUUAAUAAUGACCUCGAUAGACCGGCCUUCGGUCUUUGGCACUCAGAGAACACGGGAGUAUUUUUUUGAACAGGAUUUUCGAUAAUCGAAGUAAUAUAAAUUGAAAAUCUACUUGAAUACUUUAAAAAUGAAGCUCAUUAGCAGUUUUCAUAAAUGCACAUAAGUGCACACAUAGUAGGUGUGCUUUUUUGUUGUGUGUAUGCCCGAGAUAGUCCAGUUCGGCUGUCUUUUCUGGACGCAGGGCAUUAUCUACAAAUGCCGGGCAAAUGCAAAUGUCCUUUGAUGCAUUUGCACAUGACGCCCAACUGUGUGAUCCCCACCAUCGCUCCUUUAAUCCCCCCACCCCAUUGAGUGCGUAGAUUGAAAUGCAGCCUGCUGUUGACCAGUGCCUUUAAUUAAAAUUCUCAAAUUACUAAAGGUAAACCUAGUGCACGUCUUGUCAUAAAUUGCUGCAACUGUUUAAAUACGAAAUGACAGGGCAUUUCGUAGCAUGUGGCUGGCCGACGACAUCCUGUUGAUUUAUGCCCGAAAGAAAUUGCAAAAUAGGUAGCCGUACGACAGCACUGACUGUCUGCUGACUAAGCAUAAAUAUUAUUCGAGCUUCGAGCAUAUUCAAUGUGCCCCCAGCCCUCGAAAUGGAAUUCACUCAGAGCAAAUGCAUGCAUUCAAACGCAUUCCAUUGUAAUUGCAUAAUGAAUUCAAGCAUGUUUAGUGCAAAAAACUAUUUGAAAGUAGUAAUCUGAAAGGGCCACAUAUUGUUUUUUUAAUUGCAUUUGUAACACCGUAGUAGUACGAAUUCCCUAGCGAUUUGAAUGGUAGCAUUUGCUGGAGUUGUAUAAGUUAAUUUUGGACCCUUAAAUCUGUUAUUAUUGUUACUGUUAACUUUGUUGCUGAACCAUUGUUGAAUGCAUUUCAAUUCGCUGGGCAGCAAGUGAGCCCCUUUUAAGGCAACAAGCAGCGCCCAGUCGAACCAAAGCUAAGCCAACGUAAUGAGCUGGCGUGGACCGUGGGAUCGGGACAUGGUGCGAAAUGAGAAUCAGAGCCGGAUUCGGAUUCAGAAUCAGAAUCAGAAGAUCCCGCCACAGAGACCGCCACAACCGCCGCCACAGAAAUGCCAAACAGCUGCUGCCAAAGGCACUUGAUGGUGCAUUCUGGGGAUAUGGAAUGGCAAUGGUGCUGCUGGUGGAGCUGGAGAUGGAGCACCACGAACCAAAGAGUUGACUGCCUGUGUGCAUCCUUUACAAAGACAGGGCAUAAAAAAUGCAAAGAAGUGUUACAAAUACAAACAGUCAGGGGAGCCAGACGGCCAGACAAACAUACAGACGGCGGUUAGAGGGACGCACAGCCAAGUGCAAUUCAUGUGGGACUCACUUAAAUAAAGUGCUUUUGCAUUGCCUGCCUGACUGGCUGACUGGCUGUCGGGAUGCGGAUGCGGAUACGAAUGCGAGGCAAAAGCGAAUGCGAAUGGGAAUGCCGGAUGCUGCCGCUCCCUGAUUAUUUAAAUUAUCACAGGUUUAUCCACCCACAGCGAGCAACAUGUGUGGUGUUGGAUUCAUUAUAAUUUCUGGCACCGUUCAACUAUUUAACACAAAAGCCUUUGUCGCACUGGUUUGGUCCUCGUUUAAACAUUCAAUGGAAUUAAACUGUUGCAAAUGGCGCAGAAAAAAUGGGGAUGCGAUCCAGGCGUUCGGAGAGAAACUGUGUUUGGAGUGCAUCAAAGUUGUGCGUACAUCAUGACCAAAUAUCAUGAGAUGGAACACUAUUGUCAAACUUAGAAUUGGUAAUUUGUUCCAGAUUUUUUACGUCCCUGAACUUUUUCCUUGAUAUCCUGCACUUCACCCCUCUACUGAGACUAUUGUUCUUGCUCAUUUGAACGUUGAUCGGUUCCAAGUUUCCAGUUCAAUGUGGGUUCGUCUUGUGUGUAGUUGUCACCGAUGAUACCGCAUCUGGUAGUAGUCUCGAUUGCCUGUGGCGCAUGGAAAUCGAUUCAACUGGGAGUUAAGCCAAUUGACUGUACAGCGGCUAAUUCAACUUGAAAAAAUAUGGACAGCAGCUUAAAAACGCUUCAUGAAUGACUAUGGGUUUAGUUAUCCCCAAGAAUUGUUCACAAUACUCCAAGUUUACUAGAAAAGGAAAAAAGGCUUAGAUUACUUUAGGUAAAUUUAAUUAAACGUUUAAAGAGAGAUUCCAAAAAUAAGAACUCUUGUGAAGAGUCCCAUGCGGGGCCCUUUUAUCCUCCUAUCCGCUCCAUUAACUUAAAUUUCAUGAACGGUCUGGCGAACUAUGCUUUUACCUUGGCCUUUAAAAUCCCUAAUUAAUUUCGGUUCGAUAAACAAGGUGCACAAUGGGUGGAAUGUUUUGUAAACGCUAGCUUGCCCCUUCCAUAUCGACCUUAUCCUGCGGCGCUUUUGCAAUCAAUGUUAUUAUAAUAUUGCCCACAAAAUCAUUAUAGAAAAAAAUUGAACCUUUUUAGUGAAAGGGGCACUAAAUUAAUAGACGGUUGCAGCAGCAGCAGCAGCAAAAUGUAAGAAGUAAGUGGCGCCGGAGGGAACGGCUUUGUAAUCAGGUCAACAACUGCCCGGUAAUUUGAAAUGUGCAUUAAGUCGGACGCCAGGGAAUAAAGCAAACGAAGCGACUGAAUGCAGCUAAAGAUACAGAUACACACGCAGUAACAGAUACAAAUACGUAGUCAGUUAUCGAUAAGAAGUAUAUCCGCCAGAUACACAUUCCAGCAAACUUUUUUUAUUUAUUUUCUUGACCUAGCACAUCUUGUUUUUAUCAACAGCAAUUCAGGCACUCAGAAAAACUUUUCCUUCGUUUUUAAUCCUUUGUCGUUUAACUAAACAUUUAUAUGAGAUUACAAUUUGAAUACUAGAAUUUAAUUACGCUGUUCCUAAUGUAACAUAGAUGAUGAUGCUUUCCUGCUAAUAUAUAGUUCACAAAUCAAAAAUCAAUAAGAUAGUCGCUGUUUUUUGCUGUGAACGAAUUUACCAAAAGCAGAUAAAACGAUGGACGUAUGUCCGUAUAAAAAAUUCACGAACGGAAAUGAAAAUUCAUGGGAAUAAAAAUCUAAUCAGAAAAAAAUGCGAAACAAAGGGACACUUACUCACUCCGAGGGAAAAGAGGAGAUCCCCAAAGAAGACCAUCGAAUAAAGAUGGCGCAGUGGAAACAGGAAAAUAACUUGAAAGGCACUUUUUGCGCUUGAGUGCUGUUGCAAAGCGUGUCGCUGGCGACCGGAAACGGAAGUUCACAGCCGGGCCCAGGACUCUGGCUACUUACUCCGCCGGACGAGUGGACCUAGGGAAGGUCGGUCGCUCAGAUGGACGGACGGAUUGAAAUAGCGAUGGAGGGACAAAGUCCCAUGUCAAUAGAUAGCGACUGCCAAAGAAAUACAACGGAGACAAAAGUGAAAAAAAAGUGUUGUCAAAGGCAGAAAUGCAAAUUCCAAGAAAUUGAGAACGAGUCGCAAUGUUUUUAAAAGCUGAAAAAGCUAAAUGCAGAAGGCCUUUGUAUAAAAUGUUCUUCAAGGGACUGCGCCUUCUGCAGGCUCCGAUUAUCCCCAACGUUCUGAAGAGCCCUCAUUUCAUUACAUGCUAAUAAUAUGCAUGAAAUAUGCAUGCAAUUACUCAAGCAUUAUUCGCAUGCCAAGUCGGGCUGUACAAAAACGCUUAAGUGGGAUGCAAAAGCCGGAGGACAAUUAUUCCGUUAAUUGCCAAAGCUCUCCCUGUAUUGCGCAUCUCAAAUUGACAAUUUCUGGCUGCAACCGAAAGGCGCUGGCCACAGUCACAGUCACUGCCACACACUGUCAUUCUGAUCCAGAGACGUUGUCUUGAUUUGCAUAACCGUCCUGGCUCCGUCGAGCGGAGAUUUGCAGGUCAAUGCGGUUGGCCGGUUCAGCUGCAGAGUGCAGCUGAUUAAUGCAGCUUCCCCUGCCGGGCCUUAAUUAGUCUAAUUAAACGUUCGACCCACCUGGUCGAGAUGCUGCGGUCAGCAAGUGCACGGCCGAAGGUGCAAAGCUGUGCGGAAUGCGCAUGCAACUGGAAAAUAUUGGGUGUACGUCUAAAUUGAGGAUGCAGCAGGAGUCGGUCAAUGCUUCAAAUCCAUUUGUGCAGGCCAUAAGCAUACUGUUAUGCAUUUACAAUUUACUCCGUUCUUCAACAAUGAGCAAUGUUCGUAGGUAGAUUUUUAUAUACUUUAUAUUUUAUACUUGUUUGUACUUCUCUAAAUUAUAAAGAAUAGUUAGGCAAGGCUUUGUCCGCAUUCUUUUAAUUCUAGUUAAAAUUCCACAAUUUUCAGCACCCUUUCAGCUCAAGCUAAUAACUUAAAGCUAAUGACCCAUUUUGAGGUGUGCCUACCUGAGCUAAUCAUAUAUAGCAAACUGCUUUAAGACAGCUUACGAUUGCCACUUAUUUAUUCCAUUGGAUUUCCCUACUAGGAAUCAGGAUGCAAGGAACAAACUGUCAAUUGGCCUCAAUCAAAUCGCAGCAUUAAAAUCGCAUUAAUGGCGCCAGCAAAUCUGUGAAGAUUGUCAGUCAGUCUACCAUAACGCAACUAUUUUUCACGCGACUAACCCAAUGGGGCCAAUUCGAUGCAGUGGGACGUUAACGAUAAAAUGAUUAGCUGCCGCAGCACCUCACCGCACCACAGCACCACCCGACCACUUAACCAGCGAAUUCCCCAGCCACCCAACCACCUAAACACCCAGCCAACCACCCCUUCGCAGCCAUCAGUGUGGGUCGUUGGAGAAGACAAGUUGCUAAGUAGCUGGGCGUUUGCACAGAAAAAAACAAAUGAAACUUAAUGAACUUUGGCGGAGGGUGGGCGGUUGUUCGGUUGGGGUGGUGUUAGGGUUGGGUUGGGUUUGGGGCUGAGUGGCUGGGUUGUGGCUGCUGGCUAAACAAAAUUGACGCCAGCGAAAUUCAUCCGAACAAAUGGCAGGCACUUUGCAGUAGCAGCACAUAAGCUCCAUCCAGUAAAUUGAUGCAAGAACUCGACCCACCAGCGAGUUUCGAAAGCAUAGAGCACGCGUACACUCUAAGUAAGGAUCAACAUAAAAAAAUAAGAAUACUGCGAGUAAAGUAAACCAAAUUGACAACAUAUCUGAGGUUCUAUAAAAAUAACGAUGAAUUUCACAUACUCGCACGUACCAGCAAAAAAGUAGACUUCUCUCACACAUUGUAUUCCCCAAUUAAUAUUAAUAAGAUAACAAGUUUUUAUUUAUAGUGCUUAAUGUUCUUUGUGUACUGAAAACAAAACAUAGCAUUAUUUUUAAAUGACUUCAAAGAAUUGAAUUAUAUACAGAUUCUCUAAGCUUGUCUCUAAGAUGUCGUAGUUUUUCUCUGUGCGUAGGGAGCAGUCGUAAUGGCUGCAAUAACCGCAACCGAAUAAAAUUCAAUCUGUGGAAUGCUCUGCGCUCUCGCAUUUUCUGCUGACAAUCUGCAAACAUAAGUGCAGCACAGCCAGCCAGUCGCUUCAGCCUUAGCAUCAGCAGCAGCACCAGCAUCAGCAUCAGUUGUACCAUGAAGUUAAAAAGCACUCAACGCGGGCAGGAGCAUCUCGUAUGUAACUACUACGGAAAUGGCCAAAGACAUAGUCCCAGCAUUCAGCAUCGGGAUCGGCAUCUGGGUGCCCUUGCCCAACCUCGUAACCGACAACUCCCUACUGCAUGUCACCCAUUUUUCUAUCCCGCAGACAGCAGAGAGUUUCCAGCGCCAUUUGCGCCAUGCACUGCAUCAGCAUCAGCGCAUUAUUGGAUGAUUUAUUGACGUCGAUAUGCUUAGUUGAGCAGUGUGCAGCAGCCAUUUUUAGAGUGUGUGCGUGCGAGUCGCACGGUGGAGUUGGUGGAGGGCAACACGACGAACAGAUACCCAGACUUAUAAUAGAAUCCGAGAUAUUGCAAAUUUUAAGUAAUUAAAUAAAUUCUAUAAAAUUUAUGAUCAUGAUACAACAUUAAAAAGAGUUCCUAGUAGCA